AUGGAUCCUUUCUAUUAAAAAGUUGGCUUUUGUAGAUUAUGGUCAACAUAUAAUCCUUUGAGUUUAACAAACAAUUAGGAUUAUUUGGAUUAAUGGAUAGUAAUGGCUUCAAUUUCAAUAAUGUUAGAGGAAAAUUAUCUGGAAUUUUGGAACUGCUUUAAUACGAUUGCCUUUACUUUCAAAAUAAGACUAUCCAAACGAUUCUUGCUUACAAUACCGCUGACAGUUAAAAUCAUAUCUUUAGAUUAGAUAAAGAUCCAUUUCAAUACGAGAAUGAAUGGUAUUUAUAUGAAUUUUUAUACUUGCCAUAAAUAAAAAUUAGAAUUAAUUUUUGAAGAGAUGAUCAAACUUUGCUUUAUAAACAACUAGAGCUGCAAACUUUUUUGA